GUGAGAUCACCUUCCGAAGAAUGUAGUGUUGAGCAUCAACAAAAGAAGUCUUGCAUCCCAAAAUCCAAGGUAGAGUUGUCUCCAGGAAGUAAAUCACAGGAAGAACAAGAAAAUAAUGACAGGACAGUUCUACAAGAAACAACAUCAGUUUCACGUGGCCACGGUACUACACAAUCGCUUAACGGUUCUCCACAGAGCCAAUCCCAACCACAACCUGAUUCUCCUGAACCCGCACAAGGUGUCCUUUGUUCCACUAAUUCUGCCGGUGGUACUGAUCCUAAUUGUCGUUCUCAAACGACAGCAGAAUUGUCUUCUUCAUCACAUUCUGAAAGACGUCCUGAAGGUGAACAGGAGCCUUCAGGUGCUGAUGCGAAAGGUAUUACCGGUAAAGAAGGUGCAGCUGGUGCUUCUCCUGCUCCUGCUGCUAAACCUGAUCCAUCUGCUGCUGAAGGUGAUGGUGAAGUGUCUGUAAGUGAAGGUCAACCUGAAAGCAACAGCAACAGUGCAGAAGGAAAUGGCACCACAGAAACCUCUUCUCCCAACAGUUCAAACACAGGGAGUACCAGUAAUUCUGAUGCUGCAAAUAAUGAUAAUGGACCUUCACCUGCAGGGAGU